AGAAGCUGUUUAGGUUCUCGCCAUCUUGCAAAGAGAAAACAGUGAACGCUGUGGGCUGAAGAUUAAUUAAUUUUAAGUAAAACUUUCAGAGGAGUUGUGAGAACAAGACAUUUCGACGGAUAUUUUGCUUCAUACAAAGCCGAUUCACGCGAUUUCACAGCAUCUGCCAUCGGAUUACAUCUGGAUUGCAUAAAGAGUUCAUGGAUACAGACAAGAGCCUAGGCCUGCUUAAGACCCUGUCACACCAGAUGACUUUCCCUCAGAUUUUCGGUCUGAAGCUUUUGUUUACAUAAUCGCUGGACUUUCUGGACUUCUGCAUGCUACACAUUUUUCUACAAGAAGUAUGGAGUCCAAUCGAAAGUACCACUGGACGAUACAAAAGGAGGAAAAGCUCAUUGCUCUUUGGAGCCAACAUGACUGUUUGUAUGACAGAACCAGCAUGUCAUUUCACGACAAACUCAUAAGAGAUAAGAAAUGGAUGGAGAUUGCUGACGAACUAAAUAUACCCGUUAAAGAUGUUAAACAUAGGGCUGGAUCAAUAAGGGCACAAUACUCCAGGAUUCUGAAGCCGCAUGCAAAUAGCAACUGUGGCAAACCUUUAACAGCAAAACAACUCUGGUUCCUGGACAAAUUGGAGUUCUUGAGGAGACAUUACGUCCCCCGGCUCAAUGAAAGUAGUUUGAAUCUUGCUGCAGAACAGCCGGGUGUCAAACAGGAGCCAGUUGAUGUUGUUGUUGUAGGCCAGGCAUUCACUGAUGAAGACGGAAGUUUUUCAGACAUGUCUGCAAACACUCUGGACUCUGAGAGUGUACAGAUUGCUCCAGAGCAGCCAGAUGUCAAGCCAGGGCAAGUUGAUGUUGUUUUGGACCAGGAGUUUGCUGAUGAAGACGCAAGUUUUUCAGACAUGUCGGAAAACACUGUGGACUCUGAGAGUGUACCACAGCAGUCGACUCCCAAGCCACCUCAGGGCAAAAAGAGAAAGGGUUCUGACAGCGAUACUGAAGUGGAAGCGAUCAAUUUGCUUAGAAAGAUGUCAGCCACUGUAAUGACUGGCUUGAACCAAGCAAAUGAUUCUGAGGCCAUUUUUGGCCAGCAGAUUGCAUCCGACCUGCGUGAAAUUCAAAAUCCAGUGUUGCUCAGGAUGGCCAAAAGGAAAAUACAGAUGUUGGUCUAUGAAUAUCAAGACAAAGACCAGCUUGAGAGAGAGAAACAGUGAACAAGACGGUUAACAUAUUUUUAGUGUAUAUAUUUGUACAUUUUGUUUUAACAUUUGUUUAUGGUCUUGCACUGCUGCUGCAACAUUGUGUAGCAUAAUGUUUACCUUUUGUUGUACUAUUCAAUAGUGUCUAACACCUUGGGUGUGUCAUUGGUAGGUUUUAUUUCAGCUUUGUAAAGUUUAUAUUUAUUACUUCUAGUGCUAUAUUACAUUGUAAAUAACUUUUUACAAAUGUAUAUGUAGGCAGGGCCGUCAUUAGGGUUAUGCAGUUGGUGCAGGAAUCUCCCACAUUUGACCUCACCAUGGGCCUCCUAGUAUAUUACAUAUAUUACAGUUGCAUAGUUUUGUGUUAAUUUUCCAUAGUUAUAGAUUAUAUAAAUGCUUUACAAUUUUGUACUUUUAAUUUAUUUUUAUAAUUUUAAACAGUGUUUAAAAUUACUUUCUACCAAGUAACAUUUCUUUUGGUCAACACUUUGCACAAUGUGACAAUAAAUGUGAAAGUUCUUAUGUAA